GCAGCGUGCCGGCGGGGACCGGCAGGCCGGAGGUGCCAAGAAGAAGACUCGCACGGUGUUCAGCCGCAGCCAGGUCUAUCAGCUGGAAUCCACCUUCGACAUGAAGCGGUACCUGAGCAGCUCGGAGAGGGCCUGCCUGGCCUCCAGCCUGCAGCUCACCGAGACCCAAGUGAAGACCUGGUUCCAAAAUCGCAGGAACAAGUGGAAAAGGCAACUUUCGGCCGAGCUGGAAGCGGCCAACAUGGCCCACGCCUCGGCGCAGACUCUGGUGGGGAUGCCGCUGGUUUUCAGAGACAAUUCC